ACCCAGCAUUGGAAGAUUGGCGCGGGGCUCCUCGCCUGCUCCCUCCCUCGCUCGCUCCACCCUCCCUCUCCUUCGCAGCCUCCGCAGGUCCCUCUUAAGAGCGCCUGCGCUGCUGGCCACCCGCCGGCAGGUCGCAGCUGUUGGGGCCGUCCGCCUGUUCGCCAGGGCCAUGGCUUCCCCGGCCAUCGGGCAGUACCCUUACCUGCUUCUGCUGGAUAAGGAACAGCAGCUCUUCCUGCAGAGCUUGAGCGCCAACGAACGGAAGAAGAUCCUCAAGCGCUCCGCUUCCAAUGACAUGAAGCAGCCUCCGCUGCCGCCGCCGCUGCCGCCAAGGCGGAGGCAGCCGCAGGAGCAAGAAGAGCCGCAGCCUCCCCGCGCUGCGGGAGCCAUGUCCCAGUGGGGCGCGGACGUGGGUAGCGGGCUUGAGAAGGACGCUCUGCUGGCCUCGAAUGCGGGACGCGCCGAGGCUCUGCGAGGGCGCCCUGCGGAGUGCCGGCGGAGGCCCCGCGGGAGCGCAGUGGGAGCCGAGCGUGGGGCGCCCGUCGGGCAAGCGGCUGAGGACGGAGCCGAGGUUGGCGUGGCUCCCACCCUUCCCGGAGAAGAGACUGCGCUCGGGGCUCACUUAAUAUCCCAGGAGCUGCCCGCUUCCCCCGGCCACGCGGCUAAGCCUUCCCGCUCCGGGCAGCAGCACCAUCACCACCACCACCACCGGCUCAGACUGAGGUCCGGAACUCCUCGCCUGCUGCCCGACGUGCGCACCAUUUUCGAGCAGCCGCGGGACCCCCGAGUGCGAGAGGAGAAGGGAGAAGGACACCGCUUCGAAGGCUUUACUCUGUGGCGAGGCUGGUGCGACCUGUGCGGGGAGGCUGUGCAGCAGCGGGCACUCCGCUGUGCCAACUGCAAAUACACCUGCCAUCAGGAAUGCAGAAGACUCAUUCAGUUGGACUGCAGCCAACGGGAAGGAGAGCCUCACAGCAAACCUUCACCAGACAAUACCUUAACACAGAACUAUGGCCAGAAUGUAACAAAGACAGUGGAAGAAGCAAAACCUAAACCUCCUACCAUCCAAGAACUGAAAGAAAUGAUUAGCAAUUACAACUCAAAAGUCAACAAUUGUUUGCUGAUGAAGCUGAAUGACGAUGGCACUUACACAGGUUUCAUCAAAGUGCACCUAAAACUAAGGCGUCCUGUGACAGUCCCAGCAGGGAUUAGGCCACCAUCUAUUCAUGAUGCUCUCAAAGAAGUCAACUUAGCUAACACGACAGAGAAAAGAACAUCAUUCUAUCUACCCUUGGAUGCUAUCAAACAGUUACAUAUCAGCAGCACAACAACUGUGAGUGAGGUGAUCCAGGGACUUCUGAAGAAAUUUAUGGUGGUGGACAACCCACAGAAAUUUGCACUUUUCAAACAGAUGCAGAAAGAUGGUCAAGUUCUUUCCCAGAAGCUUCCAGUCACAGAAUGUCCUUUGUACCUCCGGCUCCUAGCAGGCCCUGACACGGAUAUUCUGAAUUUUGUGUUGAAGGAAAAUGAAACGGGAGAAGUUGAGUGGGACAACUUCUCUAUUCCAGAGCUACAGAAUUUUUUACUAAUACUAGAAAGAGAAGAAAAAGACAAAAUACAACAAGUACAAAAAAAAUACAGCAAGUUUAAACAAAGACUGCAAGAAGCCUUGAAAGAAGCAAAUGGGAAGCCCGGAUAACCAAAUAUGGCUAGCAACAAACUCAGUUUUAGAGCCUAAAUAAAUAAUUAAAUAUAUUUAAAAGAAAUAAAAACAAAACCGAACAACUUUUUCUUUCUCAGGACACUUUUCAGUUUGGUUGUAACCCAAGCUUUGCUUAGAACUGGUAGUUACACAAAGGGAAACUGACCCUCUAGUACCAGAAGUGGUGGCUGCUUUUCCUUCUCCAUGGUCGUACUGCCAGGAAACUGCAGUGAUGCUGAAUGUCUACUUUAUUGGUUGGUUUAUUGUACAAAUGUUAAGGCUGGACUGAAAUGGCUGUCUCCCCUUCCUGCCAUCCUGAUACCUCACCUGUGGAUUUGUAUUACGUGCAGUAGACAUGUAUAGUAAAUGUGUUCUCUGUGAUCAAUUCAUCCACAUAACCAUAAGCAAACAGAACAACUUUAGUCUGAUAUAAGUGAGACACACGAUAAAAGAUGCCAAACCUAUUGUUGCACAAGAAAAAUGAACUGAACAAUUGCCAAGGAAGUGGCAGAAUAUCAACAUGACUUCAGGAAUGGCUGUGGACAUGAGAAAGAGUACAUUUCUUGGAGGAAAAAAAAAUCCCUCUGAUGUUAGGAUUUUAGGAUUCUGAUCUAAACAGGGCUUUGCAUAGUCCUACUGUUGGAAUCCCCUUUACCCUAAUGCAGAACCAGUUCUGAAGGCUUUGGCAGGUGAUUGUUAUAUUUGCCUUUAUUAAUAUAUAUUGGAAGCAUUGGUUACCUAUUAUCCUAGAAUUUAAGUGAAGCCUCUGAAAGGAAAUAAUCUUGGGUGCUAUUGACAUUCAUAUAGUAGAAAGUAAGUUGCAAUUUGCAACUGCUCAGCUUACUGGCUCUUUCACCUUGCAGGGUCAUGCCACCUGAUUAAAGGUGUAAGUUCCAAAUAGCUGACUCUAUUCUGUUUCUGUUUUUGAAAUCUGAACUGGAGAAUUAAAAAGUAAAUGCGACAAUAGAACAAAUAAUAUGAGAAAUGGGCAGUGCACGUAAAAACAUAGGCAUUGUUAUCUAAGCUCUUGCACUUAUACAGAAUUUCCUGUUUGACGCUAUGCCUCUGAUGUAGUUGCAGGUGUAUGGGAACAACUUCUGCAAGAUGAUCUUGUGCAUUUGGAAGCCGACUCUGAAUUAUACACACACGUAUAAUAGGGAUGGAUAUCCUUUGGGAUAUUCAGGCACAGCUUACAAAUGUAUUGGAUUGUCUUGCAUUGGAGUGGCUGGUGUGACUGGCUGCAGUUUGCUAGAUGAUGUAGGACAUGAGGCAUUCUUUAUUCUUCUCUUUAUAAGGUUGGGUGGAGACAAAUGAUUCCUUCAUUUUUUCCUGCCCCACCCUUUUCUGAGGAUGUUUUCAACAAGAGUUCAUUGAGUCAAACUAGGUUUCAUGUAUUUCCCCUUUGAGGGCUAGCUUAAGCAUGCAGGAGCCAUUUAGUCCAGCUUGUAAAUGUUUUGGCUCAGAUAACUGAGUAAACUCAAGGCUCCCUUUCCCCUGCUUUGCAAAUACCAGCCUGUUGUUUAAAACAAACAGGAUCAUUCCUCUUACAUUAAUUUGAUACAGUAAUUAAGCCAGUACUAAGACUCUAAUUUUAUUAGGCCAAGAGUUAAUCCGUUGUCAGAACCUGACAAAGCCUUCUUUGAAGAUUCUUUAAGCAUGUGGGGAUGGGGAGGAGGAAUAUGAAGGGAAAAAAAUGUUUCCAGCUCUGGCAUUGUGGGGUUAUGUGUAGAGGUGUAUCUUGCAAUUAAAAGAAAUCAAACAGGAAAAGCAAGGAGCAAAUUUAACUUAAGUUCAUGCUGAAGCAAAGCUACACACAAACUUCCUCAGGACUGCAGAAAUGGUUGAUGAAACAAAAAAUGUGAAACCCCAGGAGUAUUUUGUGUCUACAUAGUUAGAGAAAAGGAAGAGUGAAGUUAGUUUUGUUAAGUCAUUAAAGAUCUUCUCUCCAAGAAGGAUAUUAUAUAUUCUGUUUUAUUUUCAUCAAAGAGGGAGGAAAACUGUUUACUGCUCUUCUCUUUGGCAUGUCUUGAACAUUUCUAUAGAAGGCAUGGCUUCUUAUGCAAUGGAUGUUAAUGCUGCUGACUAAGCCUCCUGUAUAUAGGCAGGUGGUUUUUUUUUUUUCUUUAAAAAUAUUAUAUAGCUAGGGGCAUUAAGCUGAGAAAAAAGAUGAUACUUAGAUUGGGAGAGAAUGCAGAGCCAUUUGAUCUGUGGUAGAACAAAAGCCUUAGAUGUGGAGGCCCCUACUUAAAAAGCGCAGACUACUGCUAGCAGUGCCUUUGUUUAUUAGUAUAUUAUGUUGCUUGCAUCUGUUUGUGUGUGUGAGUAUGUGUGUGUAUUUCUGUUCAGAAUAGUCAGCUACAAACAUAUACACAGUUUGUAUAGAAUGGAAUUAAUGAAAGCUUUUAUGUGGGCAAAGUGAAUACAUUUUUGCAAUGCUGUAACUUAUUUUUACUACUGUUUCAGCCCUGUGACUUUUUUUAAUGUCACCAUCUGACUUUUUUUAAAGUUCCUUCUCAAUUUGGUUAUAUGAUGCAAACUAUGUAAGAAACUAUUAAAAAUAAAGGAUAUCGGAUAAUAAAGAGUUGUUCCCUAA